UUCAUUUUGCAUAAUUUAGAAUGAUUGUAAUCCAGAAUGUGGGGCCCCGGUCCGCGGCGAGGACUAGGAGACGGUGGACGCACAGGCUGAAGUGGGGUCUCCUCCUGGGCCUGAUGGCGCUCAUCUACGGCUCUCACGCGCCGCUCAUAGCUCUCACCAAGGUGGACGGUCGAGUCCCAUUCAGCGCCGCCUCCUGCGUCCUCCUGAUCGAGUCGGCCAAACUGCUCGCCUCCCUGCUGAGCCUGGCCCUCACAGGCGCCACGUCGGCCCCGCCGCCUCCCCCGCGUCCGCUCCUCGUGGCCCCCUACGCCGUCCCCGCCGUGCUGUACGCCUUGAACAACAACCUGGUGGUCGUCAUGCAGGCCCACAUGGAUCCGAGCUCCUUCCAAAUCCUCUCUAAUCUGAAAAUAGCUUCCACCGCGCUGCUGUACUCCGCGUGCCUGGGGAAGAGGCUGCGGUCGGCCCAGUGGGUCGCCUUGGGGCUCCUCACGGCUGCCGGGGGCUUCCACAGCUACAGCAGCCUGGACCUGCAGGGUCCCGAGAGGGUUGGAGUGGACGGGGGUCCCAGGCUCCACGUCACCGCCUGGGGGCUUCUUCUGGUGCUGAUGUACUGCGGCGUGUCGGGGCUGGCCGCCGUUUACACGGAGAGGGUGCUGAAGAGCCAGCAGCUGCCCCUCAGCGUGCAGAACCUGUACCUCUAUACGUUCGGAGUGGCCAUCAACGGGCUGUCGUCUCUCUCCUCUAUAGGAGGUGAGCGGGGGUUUCUGGAGGGCUACUCGGCCGUGGUCUGGGUCAUCGUCGCGGGGCAAGCAGCAAACGGACUCCUGAUGUCCGUGGUGCUGAAACACGGCAGCGGGAUCACCAGACUGUUCGUCAUUUCCUCCUCCAUGCUGGUCAAUGCGCUGCUAUCCUGGGCCAUCCUGGGGCUACAGCUCACUCCUUGGUUCCCUCUACCCUGCGCUCUGAUUGGACUGGCCGCUUACCUUUAUUACAGAUAACGGGGGUUCAUUAGAGAACGCCCUGCCUGGCUUCCAAGGAGCUCCAGACUAAGGCUGCCUGUAUUUGGUCCUGUUUUUGGUUUGAGAUUCAUUUACUGGUGCGCUGCGUCGCAAAGGUACCCGUAGCUGGUGAAGUUUUUCACAUUUUGUCACAUUGCAACCUCAAGCUU